AUGAAAGAUGGGGUCUUGUACCGACUGUUGCACCUGCCAGAUAAAAUUGUGUACCAGCUGUGUGUUCCAGAAAAGCUGCGAGACUCGGCAAUGAAAGCAGCUCAUACACCACCUCUAGCAAUGCAUCCUGGUAUCCAUAGGACGUACGAGAAUCUACGCAACAUGUUCUAUUGGCCCAACAUGCUACGUGAUGUACGCCGUUAUGUGGAACAUUGCCUUGUGUGCCAGCAAUCAAGAGGCAUUGCCCAACGUGUUCCAAUGGCUGACACACCUCUAGCUCUUUAUCCACUGGAACGAGUAUCAUUGGACAUUCUUGACCUGUGCCAGGCCCCUAUGAGAUGGGCUUUCCUGGACCACUGGAUAAUAUAUUUUGGCCCACCUCGUGUUAUCCAGACUGAUAAUGGCUGGCAGUUCACUUCUAACCUGUUUGCUGAGCUAGUGGACUUGUUACGAGCUUCACAUCACUUUACCAUCCGCUAUCACCCCCAGGCUAAUGGACUUGUGGACCGCACAAACCGUGUUGUCAAGGCAGCUCUACGAUCAGUAGUAGGGGAUCGACCUAGAGACUGGCACAAGUAUGUACCUGAAUUGCGACUUGCCCUUAAUUCUGCAAUACAUCAUACAACAGGGGAGCAUGCAUACUUUCCUGUAGGGCUCACCAACGAUGCAGUUUUCGGUGAUAACAGUGCAUUUCAGGAAAGGCUUAAGACUGCUCGCCGUGCAGCUGUGAUGGCAUCCAGAGCUGCCCAUGAAGUCAAUGAAAGGGCUUACAACAAGCGAGCCAAGGGGACCUUUGCUCCUGAGGAAGGAAACCUUGUUUGGUAUAAGGAGAUGGUGCCGCGUCCACUGGGUCCUAAAUGGCUAGGGCCUGCUCGGAUCUCUAAAAGAUUUGGCCCAGUCUCAUUCGAGGUACAGCAUCUGGACUCUGGCAAGGUUUUGCGGGCUCACCUCAAUCAUUUACGUCCUUAUCACCCACCACAAGAGCUGUCGUACCCAGACGACAGUAUCGUUCCAGAGGAAGAGGAAGACAUACCAUCCGCAUCUGAUGACCCUUGGGUGGCCAUCCUCACAACCUGUGUACGUGAAUUUCAAAACCUGUGA